ACUUAGCUGCAACUUUUCAGCCAUACUGCAGCCCGAAAUUCCCUCCACUCACCGGUGUCCUGCCACGAAAUCCACUCAAGGAACCGACCCAAAGGCACCACGACGGAGGUGAGAAGAGGCUGCACUAUUCUGGUUACUCCUAUAGGCCAAUGGAGUGAGCCGAGAGGGGACAACUGACCUUCUGCACUGCUGACCCAACCCAAGCACGGAACCAAACACGCGACCAAGCUGGAAGCCUCUGAUAAUAUGAGUGACUUUUGGCACAAGCUGGGCUGCUGCGUCGUAGAAAAGCCACAACCAAAGAAGAAGCGGAAGAGAAUCGACCGAUCGAUGAUAGGAGAGCCUAUGAAUUUUGUCCAUUUGACGCACAUUGGGUCGGGAGAUAUGGGAGCCAGUGAUGGACUUCCAAGGGCUGGAGGUGUCCAGGAGCAGAUGAGAUCCAAAUGUGGCCGUGACAGACAGUGGAGCAACUCCAGAGUUUUGUAGCUGAGUUCACUGUAAAAGCUGGUAUGAGAAAGCGCCAUCGUAAGAAGCAGCAGGGGGGGAGCGCAGUGGUGUAGUCACUGGAUAAGUUAUUGGAACAUUCGUCUUUUUAUUCUGGAAUUAUUUUUAUAAAUUGAAUUGAAACAAAGAUCUGAAUGUGCAAUAUGUUUCUAGUGUGUUUUGAAAUUCAGCUUUUUAUUUUUUUUACCUUUCCCCAAAGUGAUUUCCCCUUUAUAAUUGCUGUAGCACAAAUGGCGUUUGUAUUGCGUAUUAUCUGCUGUAACGGCGUCAAACGGCGUCGCAAACACCGGCACUUCCUCAAGGUUCUCAUCAAAAAAUAUAUAUUUUGGAAUGAAAUGUACAGUUAUUGAAACAAUUGAUGUUUGUUAAAUACCGACAUGUAUAUUCCGACAUGGCGACACUGUGGGGCAGAUUUACUAAUCCACGAACGGACCGAAAGCGCCCUAACGCGUUUUUUCAUAAGGAUCAGUAUUUUUGCGACUUUUUCGCCGGCGUUGCAACGUUUUCAUAUGUCCCACGAUUUUUUCGUCGUCGUUACGACUUUAUCGUAUAUUUUCCGCGACUUUUUCGUCGUCGUGAAAAAAUCGGAUUGGUUUUUUCCGCCGUUUACAAUUGCUCAAUACGAAAAAAUUGCGCAAAAUACGAUAAAGUCGUGCCGGCGAUGGAAAAAAUCGCGCAAAAUACGAAAACAAACGCGACAUUAGCGACAUUAGCUUUCGUUUCCAAUCCGAUUUUCUUCCCAUUCGGGAUUCGAAUUUGUGGAUUAGUAAAUGUGCCCCUGUGAGUAGUGACGCAAAAUGGCAGAAUCUUUAAAAAAAAAAAAAAGUUCUUCGGGCGAAGAAAACGUAUAUUCUAGAAAGAAAUGUCUAUUUUCUAUUUUUUAGCAUUAAAAAGUUUGAACUAGAAAAA